UGUGUCAUCUGUAUCAGCGCCAAAGCAACAAUGCAGACAUUUCCAUGCGGUCAUAAAGUAGUCUGUCGUAAGUGUUUCGUCCGAACCAUCCAAAUGGCAGUUUCGCAGAGAGUUCUGCCUCUCAGGUGUGUUAUAUGCAGAGCAAAAAUACUUCGACUCAAACAGUCCGCUCCAGGUAAAGUCCAUCAUCUUCCGUCCUCCGCUAUCUACAAGAAUGCGCGCCCUAUAGCAUCGGUACUUCAAGAGACGAAAGAUUUACCGGAGGCCAUGUUGGAUAUUGCUAACAGUCCUAUAUUGCCACCUACUAAGUUCUGUCGUCAGAAACUUUGGAAUAAUAAAGUAGCAGAUAUACCUCAACCCAUAUCUCCGGCUGCUCCUACAGUCGAACGCCAAGUAUACAGUAGAUCAAAUAGAUACAGUCAAGCUGCUCCUGCUUACGUUCACCAGAAACGACAUCACCACAAUAGGCAACCCAUCAGGAAACCAUCUGCGCUUCUUCCCAUACCAGAAUUGGAAGAAUUCGAUCUGUUAGAAAAAAUUUAG